UAUAAUUGGCAUAAUUGGGCGGAAAUUGAGGCACUUGUCCCAUGUCCACCAUCGCCAGGACUUAAAUCUCAGCAAGAACUCAGUGCAAUCGGUUGGCCAUGGAGCUCCCACUGCUAUUCCUGCUCGCCUUCAGUUGUGCCAACGCGGAGACCCUCCAGAUAACCUUUUGGGUCGAGCCCGUUCAGCGGGCGGAAUUCGAUGCGGACAUGGUGGUGGUUCUCAAGGAACUGGACGCCCUUAAGCUGGACGUUAAAGUGGCCGACACGUCCUUGACUUUGACCCGUUCGGAAGAUGGCUUGGACAUGCAGCGAUUCUGCGAGAUCCUUUCAACUGCCGGAACCAGCGCUGUGAUCGACCUCACCUACCGCCACUGGGAGGAGGGCUACGAGCUGGUGCGCUCCCUGGGAAUUGGCUAUGUGCGUCUGGAGAGGAUCAUGCGGCCCUUUUUGGACAUGUUCGGGGACUUCAUGCGCCAGAAGCGGGCGAACAACGUGGCCAUGGUGUUCAUGAAUGCUCGGGAUGCCGCCGAGGCGAUGGAGCAGAUGCUGAUUGGGUAUCCCUUCCGCACACUGAUCCUGGACGCCAGCCAGACCGAUCCUGGGCAGAGCUUCCUCGAGCGCAUCCGAGCACUGCGUCCGGCGCCCACAUAUGUGGCACUCUUUGCCCGUGCGGCCGCCAUGAAUGGACUUUUCGAUAAGGUGCAAAAAGCUGGACUGUUUCAGCGCCCCUUGGAGUGGCACUUUGUGUUCCUGGACACCAGGGAUCGGGUUUUUAAGUACAGGCGCCAGGCGGAGUUGUGCACCCGCUUUACAUUGAGUCCCCGGGCGAUAUGCCGAUCGAUGCCGAUGCCGGAUCUAUAUUGCGGCAGUGGAUUCACGAUGCAGCGAGCCAUGCUGCUGAAUGUUCUGCGCAGCCUGAUAAACGCGGCGCAGGUGACUCCCGUCUACCCGAUGGCCAUCUACCACGACUGCAAUGGCACCUUCUCCUCCUCGGAGGUCCCGGGGGAUCCCGUGGAGGACGAGCACAACUGGCUGGACAUGGUGCACUGGAGCAACUUCCUUGCGUACGCCUCGCCGCCUGCUCGGGUGCAGGAUCCCUCCCAGAGUCCGGUGGCGGGAUUGACCUUUGCAGUGAACAUAUCCGCCGGAUACUACAGCUCUGAGCACGAGGCCAAAACCGAUCUGGCCGCCUGGUCGUCGGUGGGUGAGAUGCGGCUCCUGAACGAGACGAUCAGUCCGGCCCGCCGGUUCUUCCGGAUCGGCACCGCCGAGAGCAUUCCGUGGAGCUACCUCCGCCGGAACGAGCGAACCGGGGAGCUCCUGCGCGACCGCAGUGGUUCGCCCAUUUGGGAGGGCUACUGCAUCGACUUCAUCAUCCGGCUCUCCCAGAAACUAAACUUCGAGUACGAGAUCGUGGCCCCGGAAGUGGGUCACAUGGGCGAGCUGAACGAGCGGGGCGAGUGGGACGGCGUGGUGGGCGAUCUGGUCCGUGGUGAGACGGACUUCGCCAUUGCUGCACUGAAAAUGUACUCGGAACGCGAGGAGGUGAUCGAUUUCCUGCCACCGUACUACGAACAGACGGGCAUAUCGAUUGCCAUCCGGAAACCGGUGCGCCGGACAUCGCUGUUCAAGUUCAUGACCGUGCUCCGCCUGGAGGUGUGGCUGAGCAUUGUGGCCGCCUUGGUGGGCACGGCCAUCAUGAUUUGGUUCAUGGACAAGUACUCGCCGUACAGUUCACGGAACAAUCGACAGGCGUAUCCGUAUGCCUGCCGGGAGUUCACGCUGCGGGAGAGCUUCUGGUUCGCCCUCACCUCGUUCACUCCGCAAGGUGGAGGCGAAGCACCGAAAGCGAUUUCCGGCAGGAUGCUGGUGGCCGCCUAUUGGCUCUUUGUGGUCCUCAUGCUAGCCACUUUCACCGCCAAUCUGGCCGCCUUUCUCACCGUGGAGAGGAUGCAGACGCCGGUUCAGUCGCUGGAGCAGCUGGCCCGCCAGUCGAGGAUCAACUACACCGUGGUCAAGGACUCGGAUACGCACCAGUACUUCGUGAACAUGAAGUUCGCCGAGGACACGCUGUACAGGAUGUGGAAGGAGCUGGCGCUGAAUGCCAGCAAGGACUUCAAGAAGUUCCGCAUCUGGGACUAUCCCAUCAAGGAGCAGUACGGACACAUCCUGCUGGCCAUCAAUAGUUCGCAGCCGGUCGCGGAUGCCAGGGAGGGAUUCGCGAAUGUGGAUGCCCAUGAGAAUGCCGACUACGCCUUCAUCCACGACUCGGCGGAGAUCAAGUACGAGAUCACGAGGAACUGCAAUCUCACCGAAGUGGGCGAGGUGUUCGCGGAGCAACCUUAUGCCGUGGCCGUCCAGCAAGGGAGCCACUUGGGCGACGAGCUGAGCUACGCUAUCCUGGAGCUGCAGAAGGAUCGCUUCUUCGAGGAGCUGAAGGCCAAGUACUGGAACCAAUCGAACCUGAGGAACUGCCCGCUCUCGGAGGAUCAGGAGGGCAUUACCCUCGAGAGUUUGGGCGGAGUGUUCAUCGCCACCCUCUUCGGCCUCGUCCUGGCCAUGAUGACCCUCGGCAUGGAGGUGCUGUACUACAAGAAGAAGCAAAACAAGCUCGAGAUCACCCAGGUUCGUCCGGUGGAUGAUUCCUCGGGAGGGGAUUCCUCGACGGCUCCGCCAACGGCCACCAGCACCACGAAGCAGGCGUGGCACAUCCCCGUUCCGCUGGAAACGGAGCCGGAGAAGCCGGUGAACGUGUCGCCACCGCCCUCCUUCGAGGCGGCCACAUUCCGGGGCAAGAAGCUCCCGGCCAGGAUCACGCUGGGCGAUGGCAAAUUCAAGCCGCGACAGGGACUCUACUCGAGGAGGAACCUCGGCGCCUCCGACUCCCAAGGAGGCUACAUGGAAUAAGGAGAACCUAUUUCGAACGAUGCUUCAAAACCUUUUUCUCUAGUGCACCUAGUCCGUAGCGAAUUUCUUUUGGAAAUGUAAUGAAGUCGAAAACCCGCAAUUUUUAUCAAAAAGUUAAACUUUUUUUUAUAACACAAUGUACAACAAUGUUAAGUAACAA